AAAGAUUUUUUUUUUUUUUUUCUUGAUAAUACUUUUUAUGGCCCUGAUUUCUGUAUGAACAUGAAUCUUUUCGUUUUUUCAUUUUUUUGAAAUUUCUAGGUUGUACAUUGUAUUGGUGAACAGAUUGAUUUAUUUAUUUGCUUUUUUGCUUUGUUUUGUAUGUGCAGGUUGAAUUUUUUGGCAUUGAUUGUUUCCUUAAUAUGUUCAUAUUUGUGGUUUAUUUGGGAUGUUGAAGGUUGAUAGAGGUGGUUGAAUUAUUGAUUACCUGUAAUGUUAGUUCGUUCUGAGAAUGUGCCAGCAUUGAAAGCAUUUCAAUAGGCCUUUUCUUGUAAAGGCCAAUUUUUUUAGGUUUUUACUUUUUACUGGUUAGGUGGGAAGAUUUUAUUUUUAUUUUUUCCCCCCUCCCUUUUGAUCUUCUUCUUGCAUAAAUUAGUUCCAUCUUAUUUUAGAAAUUUUUCAGAUAAAAAAUGUCUGAAAAGAGUAUAUUUCCCUCAAAGCUUCUUUCUUGCCUAAUAGCCUUUUCAAUCCUUCUUCUAGUUUCCUCUACACUGUCACUUCUAGAGUUCAAUAACACCUCCUUAAUCCCAGAAUCAGUCCUUCAGUUUAUCACCAUGACCAAUAAUAACAACAAUAAAAAUAAUAACAAUAAUUUCUCUAUUAACAUUAAACCGAAUCCCGAAACUAACAAACAGCAGAGUCCAGCUAUUAGUCCCCUUACCAAAACCUUAGAGAAACAAGAUAUCACAGUUCAAGAUCUUGUGCCCCCAGAGAAAACUUCAGACGAGCCCGAAAAAUAUAAUAUUCGAAGAAAAUGCGACAAAAGCCGAGCCCUUUUGAGAGUAUACAUGUACGACUUGCCGCCCCAAUUCCAUUUCGGGCUUCUCGGUUGGAAUUCAACCGCUAGCCAAACGUGGCCUAAUGUAGCUGACCGAAAGGCUAUACCAUCUUAUCCAGGUGGGCUAAAUCUACAGCACAGCAUAGAAUACUGGCUCACGCUUGAUCUUCUUGCAUCGAGCAAUGAAAAUAUAACUCGGCCGUGUACUGCAGUUAGAGUCACGAACCCGAACGAAGCAGAUGUGAUAUUCGUCCCAUUUUUCUCGUCCUUAAGUUACAACCGCAAUUCCAAGCGUCAUCACGAUGGCCAGAAGUUUGGUGGGGAUCGAGUGCUUCAGGAGAAAUUGGUCGAUUUUUUGAAGAAUAGGAAGGAGUGGAGAAAAUCGGGCGGGAAGGAUCAUGUCAUCAUGGCUCAUCACCCGAACAGCAUGUUGUUUGUGAGGAGAAAAUUGGGAUCUUGCAUGUUUGUGCUCUCGGAUUUCGGGAGGUACUCGAGUAAGGUGGCUAACUUGGAGAAGGAUGUGAUUGCUCCUUACAAGCAUAUGGUGAGGAAGGUUCCGGAUGGCGAGUCGGCAUGUUUUGAUGAACGGCCCACGUUAGUGUUUUUCCAAGGAGCAAUUUACAGGAAAGAUGGUGGGGCAAUACGUCAAGAACUCUAUUACCUACUAAAAGACGAAAAAGAUGUCCACUUCACGUUUGGCACAGCCCAAUCAAAAGGCGUGAAAAAUGCCGGUAAAGGAAUGGCUUCUUCCAAAUUCUGCCUCAACAUAGCUGGCGACACGCCUUCUUCAAACCGCCUUUUUGAUGCCAUUGCUGCUAACUGUGUGCCCGUUAUAAUCAGUGACGAGAUAGAGCUUCCCUUUGAGGAUGUACUCGAUUAUUCCAAAUUUUGCGUGUUUGUUCGGUCAGCUGAUGCUUUGAAAAAGGGAUACCUAUUGAAACUUCUGAGGGGGGUUUCUCGGGAAAAGUGGACUGAAAUGUGGGAAAAAUUGAAGGAAGUGAGUGGGCAUUUCGAGUAUCGGUUCCCUUCUGAGGCGAACGAUGCUGUGGAUAUGAUUUGGCAGACGAUUGCGCGAAAGAAUACGAGGAUGGCUCGGCUGAAUGCCCACCGUAAGAAUAGAUACAGCAGAUCGUGGCUCUUUAGGUAAGUUUGUUUAGAGUAAGAGUACCCUUUGAGGGGUUUUGAGUGCUAAAUGAAUAUAAUGCAAGAAAAAUCGAUUUUGGGCAUGCUUUGUUUGUUUUCACCGGUGUACAUUUUCUGUCUUUGGUUUUUGGUUGAUCGAUUUAUAUAGCCAUGCCUCGGGUUCUUCUGUAGGAUGAUUAUAAAUUUUAGUUUUUGAAGCAUGAUAUGGUUGUGGAAAAGAAAACACUAGACCUAAAUACUUGAAACUGUAUGCAAAAGAUUUACUUACAUCUUAACAUUAAAGAUGAACUAUAUGAAAUGAUCA